AUGGCGCAAUCCUCUGGUGUCGCCAAACUUGCUUUCGGCUUCCUGCCUCCGGUCACCGAGAAGCUAACUCGGGGUAACUACGGCAUGUGGCAUGCCCAAGUCUCCCACACCCUCAAGGGGGCUCGCCUCGCCACGCACAUCCGGGCCAGGGCUAUGCCUCCGGCUGCGUUCGUCGAACCGGAUCCGCCGAUUGAUACUGAUGGCAAGAAGAAAGCUCAUGUACCCAAUCUAGAGUACGAAGAGUGGAUUGUGAAAGACAGCCACGUUCUCAACUACCUGUUCUCAUCGCUCUCCAAGGAAAUCUUCUCUCAGGUUUCCUCCGCGGCAUCGGCGGCGGCUCUCUGGGCCGCGAUCCAAGAGCUCCAUGCGUCGCAGUGUCGUGCUCGGGUCAUCGCCACACGCAUGACCCUCGCCACGGCGUCCAAGGGGACGUCCACCGUGGCGGAGUAG